AUGGUGCACAUGGAGGCUCCUCAGGGCGCGAGGAGCACAAACAGGGAGGGAGGAGGCGUUUGGAGGGCUCACCAGGCGGGGCAGUGGGAGUUGGUCUGUGCUCCUUCCAAAGCCCCGGGUAACAACCAGGGUGGUACCCAGGCUGGUCUGGCUCAAGGGCAGGCAGCUCUCCAGGUGAUGGGCUGCGUGGAGCGUCUGAGUCUGUCACUCUUACAGGGUGACAGUAAAGACAACAUCUGUGUGCGCUGCAACCAGACAGCCCUCAGCAAGCCCUGCUGCAAGCCAAAGAAUCCAAAGGAUGUGCAGAACCGAGGAUGUCAGGGCCCUCCGGGCUGCGGCGAUGGGGAGGAACAUCCUCCCGCCGGUCUCCGCGUGCGGGAGCUGCGGUUGCCGUGGGAACACGGAUGCUUCCCAUCGCAUCCGUAUAAACUGUGCUUCGCAAUGCGGUCCUUACAGCCGUGUGGACCUUUUCUCUGCCAUCGCAGGCGACUUGACAGACUUUGGGAGUUCUCCAUAUUAGGAGCUGACCUGCUAGAAAGCAGCUCUGUGGAGAAGAACCUUGGAUUCCUGAUGGACAAUAAGUUAUCCAUGGGGCAGCAAUGUACCUUUGUGGCCAAGAAGACGAAGGGUAUCUUGGAGUGCAUUAAGAAGAGUGUGUCCAUUUUUGUGUGUGUUUCUGUUGGGCUGGUCAUACUUUCAUGGUUAUCAAUUCAGGAGUUAGAACAAGAUGAAGCAGAUGGGAAUACUCAUGGCUACAUGGGAACAUUUAAAAUACUCUCUGAGACAUCAUUCUCUCCUGCUUUGAAAAACAGAUCAUCAGCUGAGUUCAAAGUCCUUGCCUUUGAUGUUGAACAAUUGAUAGAAAAAGUCUUUCAAGCAAGCCAUCUGAAAAAACAAUACCGGAGAUGUGGAAUUUCCCAUUUCAAUGUCGUUGUGAACUUCAACAUUUAUUUCACCCAGAUGGUAGCAGUUGAGAAAGUAAAAAAUGAGCUGGUUUUGGGCAUAAAUACAAAUGAAACUUAUCUUACCCAGACUUUGAAAAUUGAUGUGAACAGCAUACAAAUCACAGCUGAGUGUUUGCCACCUGCUAAACUUUGUGAUGAUGGUGUAACCUGCAUUAGAAAAGAUUUAUUUUGUGAUGGAGUCUUGGACUGUCCAGAUGGCUCAGAUGAAUCUGAAAAAAGAUGUGCUGCAGUUUGUGAUGGAAAAUUUAUGUUGACUGAUUCCUCUGGGUUCUUUCACUCUAUGAAUUAUCCAAAGCCAUAUAAUGCAAAUAUUGUUUGCCAAUGGAUUAUACUAGUGCCUCAAGGCUUAUCCAUUAAAGUGAACUUCACUUCUUUUGAUACACAACAAUAUGCAGACAAUUUAAAUAUUUUUGAAGGUCUAGGACAAAAAAAGGUUUUAAGAGCUUCUCUGUCAGGGACUAAUGCUGAGACAAUUUGCAUAUUUUCUCAUGAGGCUACAGCACAGUUUAUAUCCGAUUAUUCUGAAAAUUACAAUGGCUUUAAUGCAACAUACACCACAUUUAAUGCAAGUGAACUAAACAAUUAUGAGAAAGUCAGUUGCGCUUUUGAAGAUGGCUUUUGUUACUGGAUACAAGAUUUAAAUGAUGAUUCAGACUGGGAGAGAGUUCAGGGCCCUACCUUUCCUCCUAUGAGUGGUCCUGAUUUUGACCAUACAUUUGGUAACACAUCAGGAUUUUAUCUUUCAACACCCACAGGACUUGGAUUUGGAGAAGAGCGAGUCCGGAUUCUGAGUUUGCCUUUGGUGUCUUCAAAUAUAUUUUGUCUAAGCUUUUGGUAUUUCAUGUAUGGUACUAAUGUUUACCGUUUAAGAGUUAGUAUAAGUAAUAAGUAUGGUAUGGAAAAUAUCAUUUUCCAGAAAGAAGGAAACUAUGGAAACAAGUGGAAUUACGGACAAGUCACUUUAAACGAAACAUCUGAUUUUAAGGUUAUUUUUGAUGCCUUUAAAAAACGUGGCCCCAGUGAUAUUGCCUUGGAUGACAUUGGCCUGACAGAGGGAAAGUGUAAUGAAAGUAUAUAUGUAGAGCCAACAGUGAUUCCAGAUGUUACUACUGUUCCUUCAGUUCCCACUGACUGUGGAGGGCCAAUUGAACUAUGGGAGCCAAACAGUACAUUCAGCUCUGAAAACUUUCCAAAUAAUUACCCUAAUCAAGCUUUUUGUGUGUGGUAUUUAAAUGCUGAAAAGGGAAAAAACAUUCAAAUUCAUUUCCAGUUUUUUGAUCUGGAAAACAUUAAUGACGUAGUUGAAGUCAGAGACGGCAGAGGACCAAACUCGUUACUUUUGGCUGUCUAUACAGGAAAAAGCCCACUGUCAGAUGUCUUCUCUACAACAAACCAGAUGACAGUAAUCCUCCUCACAGACGAGUCUGAAACAAAGAAGGGGUUUCUUGCAAACUUCACUACUGGCUACAAUCUAGGGAUUGCCAGAGCUUGUGCAAUUGGUGAGCAUCAGUGUGGUAGUGGGGAGUGUAUACCAUUGUAUAACCUUUGUGACAACCUACCUCAGUGUGAAGAUGGCUCUGAUGAAGCAAAGUGUGUGAGAUUGCUUAAUGGUUCUCUAAGCACUGAAGGGCUGGUACAGGCCAGAAUUGGGAACACGUGGCACCUGGCAUGUGCAGAUGAUUGGAAUGAACAGGUUUCAAACAGUAUUUGCCAGCUGCUGGGGUUAGGAGAUGUAAAUAUGUCAUCAACUGUAUUAUUCACUGGAGAUGGCCCAUUUGUCAACAUCACCAAAGCAUCUAACCACAGCCUGGUAUUUAUAGAAAGAGAACAGUGCUUGAACAACCUGGUGGUUCAUCUGCAAUGUAACAUUAAACCUUGUGGAAAACACCUGGUAACUCAGAACAAUGGAUCAAGGAUUGUUGGCGGAAGUGAUGCCAGAAGAGAGGCUUGGCCUUGGAUAGUUUCACUCCAUUUUAAUUCCAGACCUGUUUGUGGAGCUUCGCUUGUCAGUGAUGAAUGGCUGGUGACAGCAGCACACUGUGUAUAUGGGAGGCAAUUAAAACCAUCUCAAUGGAAAGCAGUUCUUGGCUUGUAUGACCAAUCACAUAUGACACAGCUUUCAACAGUAGUUCGAAACAUCAGCCAAAUAGUUAUAAAUCCUCAUUACAUGAAGCAUACAAAAGAUAUUGAUAUUGCUCUCAUGCACCUUCAGUACAAAGUGCAAUAUACAGAUUACAUACAACCUAUCUGCUUACCAGAAAAAAACCAACAGUUUUUACCAGGAAUUAACUGCUCCGUUGCUGGCUGGGGUACUAUUAUGCAUGAAGGUCCCACUUCAGAUAUAUUGCAAGAAGCAAAGGUCCCUCUCAUUUCAAAUGAAAAGUGCCAACAAUGGAUGCCAGAAUACAGUAUUACAGAGAAUAUGAUCUGUGCAGGAUACGACACAGGAGGAGUAGACUCAUGUAAGGGAGAUUCAGGUGGUCCUUUAACAUCUGAAGAUGGUAACAAGUGGUUUUUGGUUGGUGUAACAUCAUUUGGCUAUAAGUGUGCACUUCCCAAGCGACCAGGAGUGUAUGCUCGAGUCACCGUGUUUGCAGAUUGGAUCAAAAAAAUAAUCUAUUAG